AGAAUCUGAUGCGACGAAUUUCCUGUAUCAAACGCAUGCGCAUCCGUGUUGUCGGUCUCUAUGUAUUUUUGUUGGACUCGUUGGAGAUGAACGAAAAAGUAUUUUUUCGUGUCAUGUACUUGUGUUGCAGUUGCUGUUGUCCUUGAGGGAUCUAUUCAUCAUCGUCACAGAGCUUGACGAAGCGGCUGAAAGAUAAGAUUGGGAUUUUAUCACCUUCUACACGCAUCUGCAUGCUAACCUCCUCCAAAAAUUCAUCAUCUGCAAACAAGAUGGCGUACAACACACUAUCGUUAGAACUAGAAGAGGAGUUGGAUCGUCGUCUGGAAUCCCAGUCCACAGUGGGUAUGGAAGUGCACCAUAUCAACCCCCCCCCCUUUCCAUCAUUUUUUGAAGGGCGUCAUGGGCAGCAACAGCAACAAUGGCAGUGGUGCGUUCUUGCGUGACAAUGCUGUGUAAAGCAUUCUUGUAGUACUGUUUGACGUUCGAAAUGUUUCCUUGUUGUGUUGCAGAGAGUCGUCUUCGUCCUUACCGGUAGGAUUUGAAAUCGGUAUUUUGCAGUAUUCAGAAAUGAGGGUUGGGUCCAUGUGCACUCGCAUACGGUCGGUAUCUAUGAUCGAAGGCAUCACGGGUGGAACCAUUUCGAGCGAUACGUUGCGCAACUCCAGGAUCCGCCCGGGAGACCGUUUUGGGCGGGCUUCCGGGAGAGACAAUCCCUACGCCGACGACAUUUACGGGGAGAGGGUGGAGCGUGACCGUGAGCAGCAAUAUCGAGACACAAUGCUGCGCUGCUGGGCGGCCGAGGUUGCAUAUGACCGUGCACAACUCCCCCUCCCCCUCAUUUGUCAUGCAAAAUACCCAAUCCACCCUUUGCCUCUUUGCACUGUUUGCAUGACAAGUUCUGGUAGCGGCCCAAGUUGCACUAUAAUCCAGUGCAAAUUUGUCAUGCAGGGCCGGCAUUCUUGCCGAUGCUUGUAUUGCUGUUCAUGCCAUACAAAUGAGGGGGAGGGGGAGUUGUGCACUGUUAUAUCGCAACGGGUGCUUGUUCUCCUCUCGUCGGUUUCGAGCAAUGGUUCGUCCGUGAACAAGAACAGAUUAAGACGAAUGAAGGUACUAUGCCUAUGCCUCUUUGUCUUUGAUAUUGAUUUGACUGCGUAGUACAACGCGUAUGCAAGACCAUGCGCGUUUUUGUCCUAGGAAGGCGGCCUCCGCUUCGGAGGUGCGGCAAAAUCUCUUGUAGAAACAUUACAUCGAACUACAGCCGAAAUUUUAUGGAGAUAAAUUCAACAAUCAAAUAGAAAUACAAACUUACUUUCGACAACAAUGCAGCAGAGUAUAAUGGGGAAACGCAAAUUUACUGUCAAAGCCGGUCGGGCGCGGCGUCUUUCUCGUGCUCCAGCUAUCCCAGAGAGAAAGGCUGGCAGGUGAUCUACAUGUCUGUAGUUUUAAUGCAAAGUCAGUGCCAAUAAAAGCAAAACGACAAAUAAAUCUGCAAAACAAGAAGUUCUCUUGCACAAAAACCUAAGUAGAAGUAGAGCAGCAUUCUAUGGCCUCGCCCAUGACAGAUUUUCCCGCGUAUUCAUUUCUGCAACACAAGUACAUGUACGGCCUGCCAUCUUUUUCCUUUGGGAUACCACCGCCCGGUCCCGCUCUACCACCCCGACUUCGCCGGCCGACUCCAGGUCCAGCACCCGCUCGCGCUCUACCCCGACGUCUGCGGUGGAAAGAUUGUCUCGAGGACCGAUCAUGUUGAGUUUGACUAAGAAUCAGCCGGUCACAACUACUAUCGAUGCAAUUGAGAAUCACUGUCGUGAUGAAGAUCAUGCGCAUUAAGUCCUUAUGAAUCAACAGCUGGGAGCAAAUGAAUCCACAACUGGCUCAAUAAAACCUGUUGUACUCUUGGAGUUGUCGACGUAAUCAUCGUAAUUUUCUUGUCACGCGAACGCGUUAUGGCCACACUGUCAUAUCAAAUAUAUAAGACAUUUUCAAUUAUAAUGCUGGAAAAACGGAGGUGCACCAGAAUCAGAAAUCGAUGACACAAAUCUAGAGAAGAUUUAUCACACCAAAAAUACCAAGUAGCUGUUUUGAUCCACUUACGCAUCGCGAAGCUGUUUUUGCGAAGUCUAAGGAUCGGGAGUGAUUUAAGAAAAAAAGUAGCCACAAAGAGCAAGAUGAGCCACAGUAUUCGUUUUUGGAAAGAAAACGGGAACACCGAGGACUUUUGCUGAAAGCUUCAAACAAGACGUAGCGUCCACGACAACCACGACGUGUUUGUAGGGCAGGCGACCUUAUUUCACGACGUCAAUCAUACUAUUGGUACGGAGUAUUGAUCCAGAAGAGAGAGGGAAUGAGUCAUGAACGUGAUUCAUUUCAGAAUGAU